AUGGUCGCUACUGUCAGACACCCCGCCCCUGCUUUCACCAAGAAGGCUGUUGUAAACGGCGUUUUCGAGGACGUUUCUCUUGAACAAUACAAGGGUAAAUGGGUCAUUCUGGCUUUUAUUCCUCUUGCUUUCACUUUUGUGUGUCCUACCGAGAUCAUUGCUUACUCUGAUGCUGUCAAGGAGUUUGCUGACCGUGAUGCAGUUGUUCUGUUCGCCUCAACUGACUCGGAGUUCUCUCUCCUUGCUUGGGACAAUGUUUCUAAGAAGGACGGUGGUCUUGGAAAUGUCAAGAUCCCUCUUGUUGCCGACACCAACCACUCUUUGUCGCGUGACUACGGUGUUCUUGUCGAGGAAGAGGGUAUUGCUCUUCGUGGCAUCUUCUUGAUCGACCCUAAUCAAGUGGUCCGCCAGAUCACCAUCAACGACACCCCCGUUGGCCGUUCUGUCCCCGAGACCCUCCGUCUUCUCGACGCCUUCCAGUUCACCGAGAAGCACGGCGAGGUGUGCCCUGCCAACUGGCAAAAGGGUGAUGCUACCAUCGACACCUCCAAGGCCUCUGAGUACUUCCAAAAGCAAGCCUAG